CAUAUACUGCAAAUACUGAUUCUUUAUGCAAUCUACGGCUUGCUUCGCGCACACCAGCAAGCAUCUCUGAUACUGAGCUGACACUUGUCAGUUCGAUAUCCAUUUCACUGGACACUUAAACGCCUAGCCUCACAUUGAACAUUGCUAUCAAGACAAUGGUUUGCUCAGAAGCGAAGCGAGGGGGCAGGACAAACAUCCUCACCAGCAACCUCCCUUCCGGAAUGCCGAGAGAGAGAUACUCACAGUGUUGCCCUAAUGGAUAGAAGUACCUGCCACUAGGUUCGCCUGCGCCGCUGACGCACUGGCGUAUCCAGUUUCACUGGCGGCCGGCGCCUUCCCGCCCUCCUCAACACCUGCACCUGCGCACCCCAUCACCGGCGGCUCUGGCGCUGCACACGGCCCAGCCCCACGGCCCCGCCGACGAGCGCUGCUGCAGGACAGGGCUUCGAGAGGCCGCAGAGGACUACGAAUGAGUUGGUCAGUGCAUGUGUCAUGGCCUCAGCGGCUUCACCAUCCAACGUUCAGCCCGCGCCGCCCGUACCUGCCACUAGGUUCGCCUGCGCCGCUGACGCACUGGCGUAUCCAGUUUCACUGGCGGCCGGCGCCUUCCCGCCCUCCUCAACACCUGCACCUGCGCACCCCAUCACCGGCGGCUCUGGCGCUGCACACGCCCCAGCCCCACGGCCCCGCCGACGAGCGCUGCUGCAGGACAGGGCUUCGAGAGGCCGCAGAGGUUCGCCUGCGCCGCUGACGCACUGGCAUAUCCAGUUUCGCUGGCGGCCGGCGCCUUCCCGCCCUCCUCAACACCUGCACCUGCGCACCCCAUCACCUGCGGCUCUGGCGCUGCACACGCCCCAGCCCCACGGCCCCGCCGACGAGCGCUGCUGCAGGACAGGGCUUCGAGAGGCCGCAGAGCCCGCGCCGCCCGUACCUGCCACUAGGUUCGCCUGCGCCGCUGACGCACUGGCGUAUCCAGUUUCACUGGCGGCCGGCGCCUUCCCGCCCUCCUCAACACCUCCCCACGGCCCCGCCGACGAGCGCUGCUGCAUGACAGGGCUUCGAGAGGCCGCAGAGCCCGCGCCGCCCGUACCUGCCACUAGGUUCGCCUGCGCCGCUGACGCACUGGCGUAUCCAGUUUCACUGGCGGCCGGCGCCUUCCCGCCCUCCUCAACACCUGCACCUGCGCACCCCAUCACCGGCGGCUCUGGCGCUGCACACGGCCCAGCCCCACGGCCCCGCCGACGAGCGCUGCUGCAGGACAGGGCUUCGAGAGGCCGCAGAGGUUCGCCUGCGCCGCUGACGCACUGGCGUAUCCAGUUUCACUGGCGGCCGGCGCCUUCCCGCCCUCCUCAACACCUGCACCUGCGCACCCCAUCACCGGCGGCUCUGGCGCUGCACACGGCCCAGCCCCACGGCCCCGCCGACGAGCGCUGCUGCAGGACAGGGCUUCGAGAGGCCGCAGAGUUUCACUGGCGGCCGGCGCCUUCCCGCCCUCCUCAACACCUGCACCUGCGCACCCCAUCACCGGCGGCUCUGGCGCUGCACACGCCCCAGCCCCACGGCCCCGCCGACGAGCGCUGCUGCAGGACAGGGCUUCGAGAGGCCGCAGAGCCCGCGCCGCCCGUACCUGCCACUAGGUUCGCCUGCGCCGCUGACGCACUGGCGUAUCCAGUUUCACUGGCGGCCGGCGCCUUCCCGCCCUCCUCAACACCUGCACCUGCGCACCCCAUCACCGGCGGCUCUGGCGCUGCACACGGCCCAGCCCCACGGCCCCGCCGACGAGCGCUGCUGCAGGACAGGGCUUCGAGAGGCCGCAGAGGUUCGCCUGCGCCGCUGACGCACUGGCGUAUCCAGUUUCACUGGCGGCCGGCGCCUUCCCGCCCUCCUCAACACCUGCACCUGCGCACCCCAUCACCUGCGGCUCUGGCGCUGCACACGGCCCAGCCCCACGGCCCCGCCGACGAGCGCUGCUGCAGGACAGGGCUUCGAGAGGCCGCAGAGCCCGCGCCGCCCGUACCUGCCACUAGGUUCGCCUGCGCCGCUGACGCACUGGCGUAUCCAGUUUCACUGGCGGCCGGCGCCUUCCCGCCCUCCUCAACACCUGCACCUGCGCACCCCAUCACCUGCGGCUCUGGCGCUGCACACGCCUAAGCCCCACGGCCCCGCCGACGAGCGCUGCUGCAGGACAGGGCUUCGAGAGGCCGCAGAGCGAGCUUCCGUGUAAGGUGGGGCUAGCGUGGGGGAAGGGGGAAGGGGACAGGGGCUCCGGACAAACACAAAAGGGCGUGGUGCUACCAGCGGGUGGGCGUGGCAAGUGCGGUGCAUGUUUGUGCGAGGGUGGAGGGAAAGGGAAACACGGAAACACACAACGUGCCAUGCUACCAGCGAGCUUCCGUGUCAGGUGGGGCUAGAACUCGUAUGGGGGAGUAGGGAAGAGGCCCCACGCAAACACACAGUUGCGUGGUGCUACCAGCGGGUUUCCGUGCUGAGUGCGGCAAGCACUCGCGUGGGGAAGGGGGAAGGGGGAAGGGGCCCCGGACAAACACACAAGGGCGUGGUGCUAUCAGCGGGUGGGCGUGGCAAGUGCGGUGAAUGUUUGUGCGAGGGUGGAGGGAAAGGGCAACACGGAAACACACAACGUGCCAUGCUACCAGCGAGCUUCCGUGUCAGGUGGGGCUAGCACUCGUAUGGGGGAGAAGGGAAGAGGCCCCACGCAAACACACAGUUGCGUGGUGCUACCAGCGGGUUUCCGUGCUGAGUGCGGCAAGCACUCGCGUGGGGAAGGGGGAAGGGGGAAGGGGCCCCGGACAAACACACAAGGGCGUGGUGCUAUCAGCGGGUGGGCGUGGCAAGUGCGGUGAAUGUUUGUGCGAGGGUGGAGGGAAAGGGCAACACGGAAACACACAACGUGCCAUGCUACCAGCGAGCUUCCGUGUCAGCGAGCUUCCGUGUCAGGUGGGGCUAGCACUCGUAUGGGGGAGUAGGGAAGAGGCCUCACGCAAACACACAGUUGCGUGGUGCUACCAGCGGGUUUCCGUGCUGAGUGCGGCAAGCACUCGCGUGGGGAAGGGGGAAGGGGCCCCGGACAAACACACAAGGGCGUGGUGCUACCAGCGAGUGGGCGUGGCAAUUGCGGUGAAUGUUUGUGCGAGUGUGGAGGGAAAGGGCAACACGGAAACACACAACGUGCCAUGCUACCAGCGAGCUUCCGUGACAGGUGGGGCUAGCGUGGGGGAAGGGGGAAGGGGACAGGGGCCCCGGACAAACACAAAAGGGCGUGGUGCUACCAGCGGGUGGGCGUGGCAAGUGCGGUGAAUGUUUGUGCGAGGGUGGAGGGAAAGGGCAACACGGAAACACACAACGUUCCAUGCUACCAGCGGGUUUCCGUGCUGAGUGCGGCAAGCACUCGCGUGGGAAAGGGGACAGGGGCCCCGGACAAACACACAAGGGCGUGGUGCUACCAGCGGGUGGGCGUGGCAAGUGCGGUGCAUGUUUGUGCGAGGGUGUAGGGAAAGGGCAACACGGAAAUACACAACGUGCCAUGCUGCCAGCGAGCUUCCGUGUCAGCGAGCUUCCGUGUCAGGUGGGGCUAGCGUGGGGGAAGGGGGAAGGGGACAGGGGCCCCGGACAAACACACAAGGGCGUGGUGCUACCAGCGGGUGGGCGUGGCAAGUGCGGUGAAUGUUUGUGCGAGGGUGGAGGGAAAGGGCAACACGGAAACACACAACGUGCCAUGCUACCAGCGAGCUUCCAUGUCAGGUGGGGCUAGCGUGGGGGAAGGGGGAAGGGGACAGGGGCCCCGGACAAACACACAAGGGCGUGGUGCUACCAGCGGGUGGGCGUGGCAAGUGCGGUGCAUGUUUGUGCGAGGGUGGAGGGAAAGGGCAACACGGAAACACACAACGUGCCAUGCUACCAGCGAGCUUCCGUGUCAGGUGGGGCUAGCACUCGUAUGGGGGAGUAGGGACAGGGCCCCACGCAAACACACAGUUGCGUGGUGCUACCAGCGGGUUUCCGUGCUGAGUGCGGCAAGCACUCGCGUGGGGAAGGGGGAAGGGGACAGGGGCCCCGGACAAACACACAAGGGCGUGGUGCUACCAGCGGGUGGGCGUGGCAAGUGCGGUGAAUGUUUGUGCGAGGGUGGAGGGAAAGGGCAACACGGAAACACACAACGUGCCAUGCUACCAGCGAGCUUCCGUGUCAGCGGGUUUCCGUGCUGAGUGCGGCAAGCACUCGCGUGGGGAAGGGGACAGGGGCCCCGGACAAACACACAAGGGCGUGGUGCUACCAGCGGGUGGGCGUGACAAGUGCGGUGAAUGUUUGUGCGAGGGUGGAGGGAAAGGGCAACACGGAAACACACAACGUGCCAUGCUACCAGCGAGCUUCCGUGUCAGGUGGGGCUAGCGUGGGGGACGGGGGAAGGGGACAGGGGCCCCGGACAAACACACAAGGGCGUGGUGCUACCAGCGGGUGGGCGUGGCAAGUGCGGUGAAUGUUUGUGCGAGGGUGGAGGGAAAGGGAAACACGGAAACACACAACGUGCCAUGCUACCAGCGAGCUUCCGUGACAGGUGGGGCUAGCGUGGGGUAAGGGAAAGGGGACAGGGGCCCCGGACAAACACACAAGGGCGUGGUGCUACCAGCGGGUGGGCGUGGCAAGUGCGGUGAAUGUUUGUGCGAGGGUGGAGGGAAAGGGCAACACGGAAACGCACAACGUGCCAUGCUACCAGCGAGCUUCCGUGUCAGCGAGCUUCCAUGUAAGGUGGGGCUAGCACUCGUAUGGGGGAGUAGGGAAGAGGCCCCACGCAAACACACAGUUGCGUGGUGCUACCAGCGGGUUUCCGUGCUGAGUGCGGCAAGCACUCGCGUGGGGAAGGGGGAAGGGGGAAGGGGCCCCGGACAAACACACAAGGGCGUGGUGCUACCAGCGGGUGGGCGUGGCAAGUGCGGUGAAUGUUUGUGCGAGGGUGGAGGGAAAUGUCAACACGGAAACACACAACGUGCCAUGCUACCAGCGAGCUUCCGUGUCAGGUGGGGCUAGCGUGGGGUAAAGGGGAAGGGGGAAGGGGCCCCGGACAAACACACAAGGGCGUGGUGCUACCAGCGGGUGGGCGUGGCAAGUGCGGUGAAUGUUUGUGCGAGGGUGGAGGGAAAGGGCAACACGGAAACACACAACGUGCCAUGCUACCAGCGAGCUUCCGUGACAGGUGGGGCUAGCGUGGGGGAAGGGGGAAGGGGACAGGGGCCCCGGACAAACACACAAGGGCGUGGUGCUACCAGCGGGUGGGCGUGGCAAGUGCGGUGAAUGUUUGCGCGAGGGUGGAGAGAAAGGGCAACACGGAAACACACAACGUGCCAUGCUACCAGCGAGCUUCCGUGGCAGCGAGCUUCCGUGACAGGUGGGGCUAGCGUGGGGGAAGGGGGAAGGGGACAGGGGCCCCGGACAAACACACAAGGGCGUGGUGCUACCAGCGGGUGGGCGUGGCAAGUGCGGUGAAUGUUUGUGCGAGGGUGGAGGGAAAGGGCAACACGGAAACACACAACGUGCCAUGCUACCAGCGAGCUUCCGUGACAGGUGGGGCUAGCGUGGGGGAAGGGGGAAGGGGACAGGGGCCCCGGACAAACACACAAGGGCGUGGUGCUACCAGCGGGUGGGCGUGGCAAGUGCGGUGAAUGUUUGUGCGAGGGUGGAGGGAAAGGGAAACACGGAAACACACAACGUGCCAUGCUACCAGCGAGCUUCCGUGUCAGGUGGGGCUAGAACUCGUAUGGGGGAGUAGGGAAGAGGCCCCACGCAAACACACAGUUGCGUGGUGCUACCAGCGGGUUUCCGUGCUGAGUGCGGCAAGCACUCGCGUGGGGAAGGGGACAGGGGCCCCGGACAAACACACAAGGGCGUGGUGCUACCAGCGGGUGGGCGUGGCAAGUGCGGUGAAUGUUUGUGCGAGGGUGGAGGGAAAGGGCAACACGGAAACACACAACGUGCCAUGCUACCAGCGAGCUUCCGUGUCAGCGGGUUUCCGUGCCAAGUGCGGUGAAUGUUUGUGCGAGGGUGGAGGGAAAGGGCAACACGGAAACACACAACGUGCCAUGCUACCAGCGAGCUUCCGUGACAGGUGGGGAUAGCGUGGGGGAAGGGGGAAGGGGACAGGGGCCCCGGACAAACACACAAGGGCGUGGUGCUACCAGCGGGUGGGCGUGGCAAGUGCGGUGAAUGUUUGUGCGAGGGUGGAGGGAAAGGGAAACACGGAAACACACAACGUGCCAUGCUACCAGCGAGCUUCCGUGUCAGGUGGGGCUAGCGUGGGGUAAGGGAAAGGGGACAGGGGCCCCGGACAAACACACAAGGGCGUGGUGCUACCAGCGGGUGGGCGUGGCAAGUGCGGUGAAUGUUUGUGCGAGGGUGGAGGGAAAGGGCAACACGGAGACGCACAACGUGCCAUGCUACCAGCGAGCUUCCGUGUCAGGUGGGGCUAGCACUCGUAUGGGGGAGUAGGGAAGAAGCCCCACGCAAACACACAGUUGCGUGGUGCUACCCGCGGGUUUCCGUGCUGAGUGCGGCAAGCACUCGCGUGGGGAAGGGGGAAGGGGGAAGGGGCCCCGGACAAACACACAAGGGCGUGGUGCUACCAGCGGGUGGGCGUGGCAAGUGCGGUGAAUGUUUGUGCGAGGGUGGAGGGAAAGGGCAACACGGAAACGCACAACGUGCCAUGCUACCAGCGAGCUUCCGUGUCAGGACAGGGCUUCGAGAGGCCGCAGAGGUGAGGGGCGGAGGCGCGUGGGGGGAUGGGAAGCAGGCGUGGAGGAUGCAGGCCGUCGCGGGAGAUGCAGACCGCUGCGAGGUCUGGGGUUGGGGUGUUCAGGCGUGGAGGCCGGGGGAGGAGGGGAGGCCGGCGGGGGGAAGGCAGCGCUGGUACGUCUGACGUACGUGUGUGUGUGUGUGUGUGUGUGUGUGUGUGUGUGUGUGGGUGGGCUGUUGCGGCUGUGUGUGUGCAUGACCCCAGAACAGAGGCGUGGCGAUGCUCCUGACCAGCUGCAUUGGUUCUUGCCACCAAACCCCCAUGCACAAGGAUGUUAGGCAAAGCAACCAGUGCUUCAAGUAGCAACAAAAGGCUGCCAUGGCCAGCCCAGUUGAUGGAUGCGGAGGGCACAACACCAGUCUGUCUGAAGCUUUGUAAC